CGGAAGCGCUUUAAAAUGAGUUAACAAAAUGGCGACUUUCGUUGGAGCGAUGAAUGUCUAUUUGAAAUUACCAUCGAGAUAUUUGCUAACAACGUCAUUUUUCAGAGCAACUAAGCACAUGUUGAUUUGUAAUUGUAAAAGAACUGUUUCUCCACUCAUGCAUCUACACAUUUAUCCUAAAAAGCAUUACUCUUCAUCAUCAAGUGAAGAAAUUUCAAAAGAUGAACCAAUAGCAUUUUCAAAGUCUGCUGCGAAAAAUCAUACAGUAAAUGACACUUUAUACUAUGAUAGUGGUCGACGAAGCUCCUUUACAGGACUGGUGAUAACAUUUGGCAUGCUUUUUUGCAUUGUAUAUUUUGGAUUUUUACGCCAGGAAGGUGAAACUGAACAGAAAAUUUUUAAUAAGAUUCUUGAACUACAGAACUCAAAUGCAUCUGAAGAAUCAGAGAAUGAUCCUGUUGAAAAUAAUACUUAGGAAUUGUUCUAAAUGUAGUUACGUUGGGAUAAUAAAUGAUACAGAUGGACUUGAAGUUGCUUAAACUUUUUACAAAAUGUAUCCUAUCAUGUACCUAUACACAAGAAUGUUUUUAAAAAAUCCAACAUUGUUGUUUUUCAAGGAAUUUUCAUAAUUCCGAUAUUAAAUAAUAAUUGUAAAGUGGAAGCAUAUCCAUUCAUGGAUAGAGAA